GGCCUAUGUUCUACAAUGGAUACUACCACCUGUUCUACCAGUACAACCCCAAAGGAGCCGUGUGGGGAAAUAUAGUGUGGGCCCACUCCGUGUCAAAGGACCUUAUCAAUUGGGAAACUAUUGAACCGGCCAUUUACCCCUCCAAACCGUUCGACAAAUACGGGUGUUGGUCCGGUUCGGCCACCAUUGUUCCCGGCAAAGGACCAGUAAUCCUCUACACUGGAGUUGCGGAUGAAAAACAAACGCAGGUCCAAUGCUAUGCUGCACCAGAGAACGCAUCGGACCCGUAUCUCAGGAAAUGGGUGAAGCCCGAUUCCAUGAACCCGCUGGUGGUUGCAGAGAUCGGCGUCAACGGCAGCGCUUUCCGUGACCCAACGACAGCGUGGCGGAACAAGGAGGACGGUCACUGGAGGAUCCUAGUCGGCGGGAGAAGGGGGCUAAGGGGAGUGGCCCAUCUAUAUAGAAGCAGGGACUUCGUCAAUUGGGUCAAAGCCAAACACCCGAUCCAUUCUUCGGCGUCCACGGGCAUGUGGGAAUGCCCCGACUUCUACCCGGUUCCUGUGAGAGGCAAACAAGGGCUGGAUACAUCGAUGGUGGGGAAUGACGUGAAGCACGUGUUGAAGAAUAGCCUCGAUAUGACGAGGUUUGAGUACUACACAAUCGGAAAGUACAUUCCGGAGCAGGAUCGGUAUAUCCCGGAUAACACUUCGGAGGACGGUUGGGGUGGCCUCCGAUAUGAUUACGGUAACUUUUAUGCCUCCAAGUCAUUCUUCGAUCCCGUCAAGAAACGAAGGGUCCUGUGGGGUUGGGCAAACGAGUCUGAUUCUAGGGUUGAUGAUGUCAGAAAAGGAUGGGCUGGAAUUCAGGGAAUCCCGAGAACAGUAUGGCUUGAUUCGAACGGGAAACAAUUGGUUCAGUGGCCGGUGGCAGAAUUGAACACUCUUAGAGAGAACCAAGUUCAGAUGAGCAACAAGAGGCUUCGAAAGGGAGACUACGAGGAAGUAAAAGGAAUUACAGCUGCCCAGGCUGAUGUGGAAGUCAGCUUCUCGUUUUCAAGCUUGGAAACGGCAGAACAGUUUAAUCCGGAGUGGGUGAACGCACAGGAUCUGUGUGCUGAGAAGGGGUCCAAGGUUGAAGGUGGGGUCGGACCAUUUGGGCUCCUCACUUUGGCUUCUAAGAACCUAGAAGAGUUUACUCCUGUGUUCUUCAGAGUUUUCAAAUCUCCAAACAAGCACGUGAUUCUCUUAUGCUCUGAUGCAUCCAGUUCAUCUUUGAGGAGUCAUGCUUACAAGCCAUCAUUUGCUGGCUUUGUGGACGUGGAUUUAGCGGCAGAUAGGAAGCUUUCUCUUAGGAGUCUGAUUGAUCACUCGGUGGUGGAAAGUUUUGGAGCAGGAGGGAGAACAAACAUACUGUCAAGGGUUUAUCCAGAAUUAGCCGUAGGCGAUGCAGCCCACUUGUUCGUGUUCAACAACGGUACUGAGCCGAUCAAUGUGGAGAAUCUCAAGGCUUGGACGAUGAAAUCUGCUCUUAGAAACUAA